AUGGCCCUCCACGGCAAGACAGUCCUCGUCACAGGCGCAGGCGGCGGUCUCGGCCGCCAAAUCGCAAGCACAUACCUCGAGCGCGGCGCCAACAUCGUCAUCAGCGACGUCAACGAGUCGCGGCUCGCCGGCAUCCGGCAGGAGUUCGCCCUCUCCCACCCAGGCGCUCGUCCUCCGGGCCGACGUGACGGAGGAGCGUUCGGCCGCCUGGACGUGGUGGUCAACAACGCCGCCAUCAUGGACAAGUUUGAGCCGGCGGACGUCUGCGCCAAGACGACGUGGGACGCCGUGCUGGCCGUCAACCUGACGGGCCCGUUUCUCGUGACCAAGCACGCCGUGGCGCAGAUGGAGAGGCAAGAGCCGCCGGGCGGGCUCGUCAUCAACAUUGGCUCCAACGCGUCCUUCAGGGGACUGUCCGGUGGCGUCGCCUACGUCGCGUCCAAGCACGGCGUCGUGGGGGUGACCAAGAACACGGCGAGCUAUUACGGCAAGAGGGGGGUUUACGCCGUCGCCCUGCUGCUGGGGUGCAUGGCCGAGACCAACAUCCACGAUGCGUUUGCCGACGGUCUGCACAAGGAAGGGCUGGACCAGAUGCAUCAGACGCAACCGGCGUGUGCGGCCAUCCCGACAGAACAUGUGGCUCGGUAUGCGGCAUUUCUGAGUGAGGACGACGCCGCGCGGAGCGCAAACGGGAGCUGUGUCGUGAUUAAUGGCAACUGGCCAGAGGCAUGA